GGGUUUUGGCCGCACUCACUUCCGGCGUCACCGGAAGCGCCGCGGUCGCCAUGGAGACGGCCCCGCCUCGGGCAGCGGCGGCGGCGGCGGCGGAGGAGAGGGCCCGAGGCCGCGGGGACAGCGCGGGGACAACGAGCGCGCAGGAUUCCCGCCGGAUCUCCCCGUCCCCGGAGCCGCUCGGAGCCGCUGGAAUUUUUCGGGAUMAUCCAAACUGAAAUUCCCGGCAAUUCCCCGCCGAGGGGUGGAGAUGCUUCCCAAGCCGCCCUCCUSCCGCUCUCGGGAUCCCGGCAAAACGCCCGGGAUCGAGGGAUAAACCCCGUCCCCGCCCGCGGGUGUUGGGUGAUGCCGCCCGCCCCGCGGAGCUCCGCCGCCGCCGCCCCUGCCUCGCUUUCCCCGGCGGAGCUCCGAGCAUGGCGGAGCACGCGGAGCUGCUGGCGGAGAUGGCGGCGGUGUCGCGGCUGGGCACGGCGGAGCGGCUCCAGCACGCCCAGAAACGCCGGGCGCAGCAGCUGAAGAGGUGGGCGCAGGCCCAGAGGGAAACACCGGCGGCCAAAGGGGGAGCGGAGAGGAAGAGGAGGAGGAGGAAGAGCGGCGGCCACGGCAAACGGGUGGCGUUCCCGGCCAGCGUCCGGCUGCUGGAGGCGGCCGCGCGGCACGACGCCGAUGAAGGUGGGUAUGGGAAUGGGACCGGGAAAAAAUGGGAGAAUUGGCGGGAAUUGGUGGCGGGAAUUCUGUGGUGGGAGUGGGAAAUUGGCGAGAAUUGGUGGCGGGAAUUCCAUG